UCCAAAUGGAACUUCAAGGGUCAAAACUGUACUUUGCAGUGAUUGUUUUGAUGUGUGUCUUCGUCUCCAUCAAUGCUGUUGGUUUAAAUGAUUUACUGGAAAGAGCCUCUCAGCUUUCAGACAAGCUUCACUCCCUCAGCACUUCUCUCACCAAUGACCUGGAUUCUCACUUACCUCCUAUUGGAAGGAUGAUGAUGCCGCGUCCGUCCAUGUGUCACACAUCCUCCCUCCAAAUUCCCAACGAUAAAGAUCAAGCCCUAAGAAUUCCGGAGGACGAGUUGUUGUCUUUGGCUCGCUCUCUACUGCUGGCGUGGUCCGAUCCCCUCGCUCUUCUCUCUUCUGAGGCAUCCAGCCUGGAACACCCAGAACGCAACACUAUUAACACCAAGACCCAAGAGCUGCAGGAUAGCAUCAGAAGUCUGGGAACAGGUUUGGAGCAUCUCGUUCAUAAGAUGGGCUCAUCUUCAGAUGACCUGUCCAAUCUACCUUUUAACACAAACAGUCUCGGUCAGGAUAAGACCUCUCAGCUUGUGAACUUCCAUUUCUUGCUGUCCUGCUUCCGCAGGGACUCGCACAAAAUUGACAGUUUCCUUAAAGUUCUUCGCUGCCGGGCAGCUAAGAGACCUGAGAUGUGCUAA